AGUCCCGCCCCUUCCUGCAGCAGCAGCAGCAGCGGUGUCUCAGUGCUUUUCACACAGAGGCAUUACGUACAGCAGACUCACUAAAUCUGCACAGUCUAAUUAUCAGCGACAAAAUGGGAUAAUCGUGAGCUUCUGCAGAGAAUUUCGUCAACGGGAACUAAACGACCAAUCGAGGAGAGUGAUUUUUUAUUUCCAGUCUACACAGACGUAAGCACAAAGGGCUUUGGGGAUAAUGGUGAAAAAAAAGAUAUCACAUUAUGAACGCAGGACAACAGGAGUACAUCGCCACAUACACGACCGGACCGUGUAAUUUGUUUAUGGCGACCAGCUUAAUUUAAAAAGCUUUCUAAGGAGUAUUUUGUUUAUCCCGUGCGCUCUGGAGAACAGAUGCUGUCAUUGUGCUGGGGACCGAGAUUUGUGCGCGUGAUAUUCUGCAAGUGGUCUCGUCGGAAUGGUGAGCGAGAUGAGAAUGCGCGUGCCUUUAUUGUUUCCGCGCGACAUGCUCAAUAACGGUCGUUCUUCUGUCGUUGAACAACUCGACAACGACGACAAUUUUGGUACAGAAAGAUUGAGACUUCAAGUGACAAUUCCAGGGAAAUCAUGAACGAUGUGUUUUGUAAACAUUUGUAUUAAGUGUUAUUAAAGAAAUAUCCUUUAUUAUGAACGGGCACUGCCGACUUUUCAUACUUUCAUCAGAUUUGCUUUUCUUCGGCUAAAUUCCACUUAGUUGGAGCUACUUGACCGUGUGUUUCUGACCAAUUAGAUUUUUUCAACCUGAGCAAACACAAUGGUGGAGCCUGUGGGUUUCAUUGAAGCCUGGAAAGCACAGUUUCCAGAGUCUGAGCCUCCGAAGAUGGAGCUAAGAUCUGUUGGGGGAAUCGAACAAGAACUAGAGAAGUGCAAAGCGUCCAUAAGACGUUUGGAAAUGGAGGUGAACAAAGAGCGCUUCCGGAUGAUCUACCUUCAGACGCUGCUUGCCAAGGAGAGAAAGAGCUAUGACCGACAGAGAUGGGGUUUCAGGAAGCCACCUCACAUGACAGAAGGGGACCCACAAGCUGUUGGGGCAGAUUCCCAGCAUCUCCAUGCACAGGAGCAUGGACAGCCAGAGCGCAGCAGGUUUCAGCCUGUAGGGGAGACCAGAGCGAAACCACGACCACCCCCUGCCAGAAAGUCAGCCUCCCAUGGCGAUGGAUUGGAGCUUCAAUCAUCAUUUGAGGCACACCAGGCAGGGCCGGUCAGUGAGACCGAUGGGCUCUCGCCGUCCACACAGAGGGGCGGAGUCUCCCCUCGCAGGCCCCAUCCACCCCCUGACAAGGAUCUACCCUCAGAUCCGUCCCUGAAAGACAAGCCGGGCAUGGGGCUUGGGGUGGCUGCGUUACGUUCGAACUUUGAGAGGAUCAAACGGGCCAACUCGCACUCAGCCAGCGAUGGAAAAUCAGGCCAGGAGAAACCGUUUUACACCAACGUUGAGUUUCAUCACGACAGGGGCCUAGUAAAAGUUAAUGACCGUGAGGUCUCAGACAAAAUCAGCUCUCUUGGGAACCAAGCCAUGCAGAUGGAGCGCAAAAGGUCUCUUCAUUCACUUCCAGGCAACCUUGCUACAGUCGCAGGUGAUCUACGCACCAGGCCUGUCUAUAGGGGGCGCUCUACUGAAAGCACCUGCGGAUACGACGCCGAGUAUGAAGACGGCGAACCCAGUCCUCGCUACAGCACUGCGAGACCAAACGGGGCCAAACCACCACCGCCGCCAUGGCAGCCAUCAGAUUUCCAGCCAUAUACUAGUGUUUACGUCGGAGGGAUGAUGUCAGGAGAAGGUGGUGACGGUAGGGUCACUAUGAGAGACCAUGGAGGAAGUGACGACCAUCUUCUCACCUGGCCCAGGAGGUCUUACUCACCCGGAAGUUUCGAGGACGUGGGAGGCGGAGGAGGCGGCUACACGCCAGACUGCAGCUCCAACGAGAACCUGACGUCUAGCGAGGAAGAUUUCUCCUCGGGACAGUCCAGUCAUGUGUCGCCCAGCCCUACAACAGCCUACCGCCGCCCACUCCGAGAGAAGAGUCGCUCACCUUCUCAGAACUCCCAGAAUUCUCAGCACUCGUUUGACAGCAGCAGCCCCCCUACACCGCAGACACAGAAACGGCACCGGCAGCAACAUGUCGUGGUGUCCGAGGCCACCAUUGUAGGCGUAAGGAAAACAGGACAAAUCUGGCCCCACGAUGGAGACUCUAUUGCCUCCAGUCGGGCUUCCCAUGACAACAGUUACCAUGGAGAUCUAGUGAUCAAACAGUUGGCAGGAAGUCAUCUCGCUGGGCCACCCUCCUUCUGCCAUGCGGUUCUGGGGGGAUAUAAACCAUGUGGAGCUGAUGGUCCGUUUACAGGCACUCCACCCACCUACGGUUACGACGCGGACCGAGCGGAGGAGCAGCGCCGACACCAUGACAUCCUGCCCUACAUUGAUGACUCCCCCUCCUCCUCCCCUCACCUCAGCUCCAAGAGCCGCAGCAGUCGGGACACCCUCUCCUCCGGCUCGAUCGAAUCCUCCAAGUCUGCGGAGUUGGACCUAGAGAAGGGAUUGGAGAUGAGGAAAAGGGUGUUGUCUGGAAUCUUGGCCAGUGAAGAGACCUACCUCAGCCAUCUGGAGGCGCUGUUACUGCCCAUGAAGCCCCUGAAAGCAGCAGCCACCACCUCUCAGCCUGUCCUGACUGUUCAACAGAUCGAAACCAUCUUCUUCAAAGUGCCUGAGCUUUACGAGAUCCACAAAGAAUUCUAUGAUAGCCUUUUACCCAGAGUGCAGCAGUGGAGUCACCACCAACGCGUGGGAGACCUUUUCCAAAAACAAGCUAGCCAGCUUGGAGUGUACAGGGCCUUUGUGGAUAAUUAUGAACUCGCCGUGGAGACCGCGGAGAAGUGCUGUCAAGCAAACACACAGUUCGCAGAGAUCUCUGAGAGUCUCAAGGUCAGGAGCACCAAGGAGUGCAAAGACCUGACAGCCAAAUACUCACUGGAAACUUUGCUCUAUAAACCAGUGGACAGAGUGACACGGAGCACGCUUGUUUUACAUGAUCUUCUGAAACACACACCCUCCAGUCACCCAGAUUACCCCCUCCUGCAGGACGCCCUCCGCAUCUCCCAGAACUUCCUGUCCAGCAUUAACGAAGAGAGCACACCUCGCCGCCAGUCCAUGACAGUCAAGAAGGGAGAGAACCGGCAGCUGUUGAAGGACAGCUUCAUGGUGGAGCUUGUAGAAGGGGCCCGGAAACUACGCCAUGUUUUUCUCUUCACUGACCUCCUGCUCUGUGCCAAAUUGAAGAAACAGAUUGGAGGGAAGAGUCAGCAGUAUGACUCUAAGUGGUACAUUCCUCUCUCAGACCUCACCUUCCACACGGCGGAAGAGUCAGAGCCCCUGCCUAUCCCACAGGCCCCUGAUGAGGAGCUGGAUGCCAUUAAGAUCAAGAUCUCAUCCCUGAGGAGUGAGAUUCAGAGAGAGAGGAGAGCCAACAAAGGGUCAAAGGUUAUGGAGAGGCUGAAAAAGAAGCUGUCAGAACAGGAAUCGCUACUGCUGCUGAACUCUCCUAACAUGCCCCUCAGAGUGCAUAACCGCAAUGGAAAGAGCUACAUGUUUCUGAUCUCAUCGGACUAUGAGCGUGCGGAGUGGAAGGAAGUGAUUCGAGAACAGCAGAAGAAAUGCUUUAAGAGCUUCAGUCUGACAUCCAUGGAGCUUCAGAUGCUCACCAACUCUUGUGUCAAACUACAGACGGUCCAUCAAUUACCCCUCACUGUCAAUACAGAGGAGGAUGAAUCUACUGGACUGUACGGAUUCCUGAAUGUAAUUGUCCAUUCUGCCUCUGGACUUAAACAGAGCUUAAAUCUGUAUUGCACAUUAGAGGUGGACUCCUUUGGUAUCUUUGUGAAUAAAGCCAAAACAAGAGUGUACAGAUACACCACAGAGCCCAAGUGGAAUGAGGAGUUUGAGAUUGAGUUGGAGGGCUCCCAGACUUUACGUCUACUUUGUUACGAAAAGAGCUACAACAAAGCCAAGAUGAACAAGGAGGAUGGAGAGAGCACAGAUAGAAUUAUGGGCAAAGGACAAAUCGCGUUGGAUCCUCAGAUGCUCCAGGGUAAAGACUGGCAGAGAACAGUUAUCCCUAUGAAUGGGAUUGAGGUGAAAAUAUCCAUAAAGUUCACCAGCCGGGAGUUCAGCCUGAAGAGAAUGCCAUCACGGAAGCCCAUGGGUGUGUUCGGAGUAAACAUCUCCACAGUGACAAAGCGGGAGCGCUCUAAAGUGCCCUACAUAGUCAGACAGUGUCUAGAGGAGAUCGAAAGAAGAGGAAUGGAGGAAGUGGGCAUCUACCGUGUCUCAGGAGUGGCCACUGACAUCCAAGCGCUCAAGACUGCAUUUGACACCAAUAAUAAAGACGUGUCAGUAAUGAUGAGCGAGAUGGAUGUGAAUGCCAUUGCCGGAACACUGAAGCUGUACUUCAGGGAGCUUCCUGAGCCCCUGUUCACCGACGAGCUCUACCCUAACUUUGCAGGAGGCAUUGCUCUCUCAGACAGCGUAGCUAAGGAGAGUUGUAUGCUGAACCUCCUGCUGUCUCUACCAGAGCCCAACCUGGUCACCUUCCUUUUCCUGCUGGAUCAUCUCAAGAGGGUUGCAGAAAAGGAGAGUGUAAACAAGAUGUCUCUUCACAAUCUGGCCACCGUGUUUGGCCCAACCCUGCUACGACCUGCUGAGAAGGACAGCAAGAUCCCCACUAACCCCACACAGCCUAUCACGAUGGGGGACAGCUGGUCGCUGGAGGUCAUGUCACAGGUGCAAGUUCUGCUGUAUUUCCUUCAGCUGGAGACCAUCCCGACGCCAGACAGUAAGAGACAGAGUAUUCUGUUUUCCACGGAGGUCUAAAGGAGUGCUUAUUCUCAUUGUAAGUGUCACACAAGUGGGAAAGAGAGUAAGCAAGUAUGUCCACCCACUAGGUAAUAUGGGCACUGGAAUGCACAAGAGCUACUCCUCCUGGGCAAAAGCAGGAGUGUUUCGCCUUUCGCGCAUUUUCUCUCUGCCGCCACUAGGGGGCACUGCAGCCCUUUUAAACAUUGAAGAACUCUAGUUACUCGGAGCACAUCUUGAAUAUUACUGAACCCUCCAUAUUAACCGCCUAUUUUUCUCUGAACAUCAGUGUCCGUUCAGCACCUUCGCUCCGCAUUCUGUGACUCCUCAGAUCGCUGAGCAUGCUCUUGUGUCCUGUAUGUGGGCCUCUAACGGUCAUUCAUAUCAGCUGGUGACAGUGAAUUCUGUCUCUUCUGGCUUUAUGUUUGUCCUCAUUUUGUCUGUCCCCACUGGUCACUGAUGCUCUUUCUGUGCUGCUACAAUUCAGUAUCCAGCUCCAGAUCCUUUUAUGUGAUAGAUAAUUACAUGGCAGUUCAACGUAGUUCUUAUUGAAGACUCUUUAAAAGUCAAAUGACUAGCUUCUCUUAGUGUUCGUCAAUCAUUUAAAGGACUUAAUUUAAUAGGAUUUCUGUGUAGAAGAUGGUGUUUGGUUCAGUUAUUGUCAGUGUUGAUGUGAUUCUAAUUUAAGAACAUCAAGAAACAAUCGGAAAAAUUGAUUGAUCUGAGUAAAAUCUCGUUAUUUAAUUUUCCUUUCCUUUUUUUUUUUUUUUUUUUUUUUUUUGGCCCAUACCUCUCUAUCAAGCAAUAUUUAAGGAUUCAUGAGUGUGUUUAAAAACAUAUGAUAUGUGUUUCAUUAUGCUUUUGUAGUUUAGAUUUUUCCCUCAUAUUUUGGGAGAGAGAUAAACCUUCAUACAUUUCUAAGUACAUAACCAAAAGGGUCAACAUAUUUUUUUUAUUCUAAGUUUUUUAUCUAAUACAUAUAGAAUAAUUAUGAUUAUUUAUUUGGGGACAGAUAUCAACAUCACUGUCAUUUCAGAGUAUGUCUACAUUUAUCACUAACUUAUCUGUGUUAUGAAGUACUGUAGAUUCCUUACAUAUCCUCUUAUUUUUCCUUUCUUUUUGAAUCCGUUCAGGAUUUGAAGAUGCUCUGAGGAUAGCACACAAUAUUAGCAUUUCCCCUGCCGUAUAUCUAGUGUUGAGAGAUGACCAAACGCAGAGGUUUUUAGCAUGCUUUGGCUUUAAACUCUACUGUCGUUCCCAUCAGCUCUCUCUCUCUAGCUUCACAGCACACUGUGGUUUAUGUCUCGCUGAGAACCAUACAGCAGUGCCUCUGUCUCAUCGUAAGACAUUAAAGAGAUAGUUCACCCAAAAAUGAACAUUCUGUCAUCAUUUUCUCACCGUCAAGUUGUUCCAAUCCUGUAUGAGUUUCUUUCUUCUGUUGAACACAAAAAAAGAUACUUCUUCUACAGUUGAUGAACCCCAUUGACUUCCAUAGUAUGGAAAAAAAAUACUAUGGAAGUAAAUGGGGACCAUCAACUGUCUGGUUACUGACAUUCUCCAAAAUAUCUUGUUCUGUGUUCAGCAGAAAAAAGAAAUUCAUACAGGUUUGGAACAACUUAAAUGAUGACAGAAUGUUCAUUUUUGGGUGACCUAUCCCUUUAAGGUAAGAACACAACGCUGUAUAUAGCACAAAUUGUUGCCCUUUAGUCCUGUCAGAUGGUUUAAUGAAGGAAGAGUUAAUAAUGGACACCAAGAACGAUGCAGUACAGGAACAGUACAGGUAUUAUGUCUUUAUAGCAUUUCUGUUAAUUAUAUCAAUAGUGCUCUUAAUUUUAUUAUUUCAGUUAAAGGUGCUUUAGAACAUUAUUUAACAUGCAGGCAUGUUUUUUGAUUUAAAAUUUUUUUUUUUUUUUUUUUUUUUUUAUGUUUGAUAAGUGUUGUUUGUGUGUUUGAGUUGUAAUGUUAAACCAAAUUCUGGCUACUGUAGAAGGAUUUUUGAAGUCUGUCAUAUAUACAAAAAGGGGUGCAACGACUGAAAAGGAAUUUCUGUUAAUUCACCGUCUUUUUUGCGUUACCGUGUGCAGUAAAGGUGCGUUCCCAUUAUCAGAGACUCUUCAUCUCAUCUGUCCUCUUCUCUGAUUGUCGGCACUAAAUGUACAUUUCCUGUAUCUUGCACCUGUCCGAACUGAAUUCAGCAUACAAGAUAUGAAUCAUCAUUUUACAGCAUCACAUGUCAGUUUCUUCUAGAGAUGUCCCUAAUUGUCUUUUUGUAAUAUGAAUCUCUUAACAUAAACUGUGAUCUGUUGGGUAUCAGAAGGCAUUAGGUGAUUCGAAGCAUUCCUGUUGUGUUAAUUGCUUAUUUAAUGUGCUUAUUUAGAUUGUUGAAUGUUGCUGGGUUAGAAAUAUUGGACAUAUGCUCCAGUUCAAUGGGAGUGAUACAGAGCAUAAUAUUUGAGAAGCAAUUUCUUUGCACUGCACAUCGUUUAAAGACUAAUGUGAUCGUUUCUUCUCAACGUAAUGAGAUUGUAUCACACACAGUGAGAAACGUCUAUAAACAUCACAUUUUCUGCAGUCUGAUAUUGCAUUAUGCAAGAAACAGAUUUAUUUGUAUCCAUGAAGUAUAGCAGUUUUGAAAUGAUUGGUCAUGAAAGCACUGCAAGGGGUCCAUCUGUGUCAUCCAUUGUAAUGUUAUGAUGAUUUAUGUUGAAAUCUUGCCUUUAAACACAUGAAGACAUGCUGGACAGCCACUGGGACAGGCUAUGGAUGCUCUCCCCUUUUCCUCUUAAGGUUUUUGUCACUAUUUAUUAUUGCUAAUAUCUUAAUGUUCUGGUUAUAGGACUGUACAAAUAGAUAAUGAAUUCUGCAGACUGAAACGUUUGGAAGGCAUUUGCGGCCUAUGUUUAUACACAAAAUGUUGAAUAAAACCUCCUGUAUAUGAAUA